CAGAAAGAGGCCAAAACAUGAUGGAACUGGAAAUGUGCAGCAUGGCGGAAAUGUUAUGAAGUAAUGUCUGCUCAACUUGUGUUCUCUUUGUAUCGAAGAAUACUGCGAACCGCGAAGAUAUGGGAAUCUUCAUCUGGACAGAAAGAUGAUACAAAUACAGAGAGAAACUACAUAAAAAAUGAAGCUCAGCGACUUUUCCGUAAGAAUAUGAAGAUCAGUGACCCAGAAGAAAUUUACUUAGCACUCAAAGAGGGAGAGACACGACUUGAAUUAGCUCUCCAUUACAAAAAUCCAUACCCAAGACCAGUUAAUGUUCCUCCAUUAGCAACAGCUCAACUUGCAGGCAAGAAGCUUGGGAAAGGCCAACAAAGAAGGCGAAAGAUUGCCAAACCUAUUUAUAUAAAAUCUUAUGAAGAAUAUGACAAAACUAGUUAAAGUUUUGCCAUAUUUGCUUUAUGAAAUUCAAUGAGUUCUUCAGGAAAAGUGUGCAGUGACAAUAUUGUUGCUAUAAUUUUGAAUGUAAUGAAAUAGACUUUUGUUUAUUACUUUGAGAAAUGAUGAAAA